AUGAGCACUGAAAGCCCUUGUGACAGCAAAGAAGAACAAUUGGGAGAAGGCGAUGGAGCAUUGUCACCCUAUAAUAUGAAUUGCCUGACCAAGGACCUUCAUGGCAGGGUCACAAGCGGGGACGGUCCCGAGAUCCUCCUGCUGGCCGAGGAAUUCCAGUGCAAGGCCAAGAUGCAGCUGGUGGCCGACCUGCUCCUGCUGUCCAGUGAGCCCCGGCCAGUCCACCCGGAGAGCUCGUCUACCCAGCUGGGAGAAGCCUUUGAGAAGUGCAGGGACACAGUGAUUGCCAGGACCAAGGGCCUGUCCAUCCUCACCCAUGAUGUCCAGAGCCAGCUGAACAUGGGCCGCUUCACUGAGAUGGGCGACAGCCUUCAGGAAAUGGGGGACCUGGUGGUGUCUCUGGUAGAACUCUCUGCCCAUGCUGCAUACCUGGCGGCUGUGGAGGUGCCGGGCUCUCACGCUGCCCUGCCGGGUUUGGUGGACCGAUAUCGUGUGACCCGGUGCCGGCACGAGGUGGAGCAGAGCUGUGCCCUGCUUAGGACGGUGCCCCUCCAGGACCUGACACCGCAGCUCCUGCUGGAAAUCUCCCAAAAUGUCUCCAAAAACCUUAAGAUCCUCACGGACGCCAGCGUCGCUGCCAGCGAGAAGUCCCGAGAUAAGUUUGCCAAGGAGCAGUUCAAACUGGGAGUGAAGUGCAUGAGCACCAGCGCCACGGCUUUGCUCGCCUGUUUCAAGGAAGUGAAGACCUCCCCCAGCGAACUCUCUAGGAACCGUUGCGCUCUCUUCAGCGGCCCCCUGGUGCAAGCUGUUCAUGCUUUAGUCGGCUUUGCCACCGAGCCCCAGUUCCUGGGCAAAGCCGCCGUUCUAAAUCCGGAAGGCAAGGCGGUGCAGACUGCGAUUCUAGGGGGUGCUAUGAGCGUGGUGUCGGCCUGCGUCCUCCUGACCCAGUGCCUCAGGGAUAUAACCCAGCAUUCUGACAGCAGCAGCAAGAUGACCGACUAUAAGGACAGGUUGCGGAGCUCGGCUUGCGCCGUCUCCGAUGGCUGCAACUUGUUAUCUCAGGCCCUGAGAGAGCGAUCAUCUCCGAGAACUCUUCCGCCAGUGCACUCCAAUUCUGUGAAAUCCCCCUAAAUUGGGGAGGAAAAGG